AUGUCAUCCUCGCAUAUACUCACAGACGGCGAGGCCUCGUCUCAGCGUGCCUCCAUCUCCAGCGAUCAUUCCGAGAUUCCUUCCAAUUCCCAAGCUGGCAAACAUGCUUCCCCUUCCAACGAUCCAGUAGCGCUUCCGUCUACCUCGACCGGCGAUGCUCCAUCACCAAACACACAACCCAUAGCUGAGCUCGACGCCGACUCACAACCCUCCCUCCACGGUGACCACCCUACCAUCCGUGCUCAUGGCCUCCAUCUGAUCUCGAGACCCAACACCGCCAGCACCACAGCUUCCUUCGCCUCCGCCCUUGCAGAGCCGCCAGCACGACCUUCCAUCGCAAGUGCUUCCAGCUCACGUCACACCUCCCCCAAGAAGUCUGGCCCGUCACGCAUUGGGAGAAGCUUCGAAGCUCUGCUAGCCUCCGACGAGACUUACGUCUUGAAAGAAAGAUCAAAGGUAGCCCUGGACACUGAAGAUAGCCUCGACAGUCGCAACGGUCUUACACCAGUACCCGCCUUGCUUGGGUCCCCAUCUGGUUCGAAUAGGGUCAUUGUCGAACGUCGAAGGCAACGCUCCUCGUCAUCAUUGACAAGCAACGGCAUUGACGACAUCGACGAAGAGCGAGCGGACGUGAUACCACGUCCACCAGACGCCGCCGUCUUCCAAUCAUCUUUGCAGCAGCCUAAGCCUCAGCCAUCGACUUCCACUUCGACUAGCACCGUACACCGAUCGAUAUCGAGAGGAAUCAGCGCCAACGGCAGCAAACCACCAGCUUCACCAGACAGGACUACCUCGCUGCAACGUCGUCUGGCUGCCUCGCCGAGCGCAGUCUCCACCGCUUCGACACGAAAGGCAGCACCCAUGUCGGCUAUGCCUGGCUUAAUGCUCCCUCCUGAAAGCGAAUCACCAGGACGAGCACGCCCCCGACUCAGCAACAGUCUUGGCCUUGAGCAAGAGAUCAACAGCACAUACGCUGCCGAUCAAGGGAACUCGAUGGGAUCCUUCCGACAGCAAAUGAAGAAGACCAGCGGCUUCUUGCGCAAGCUGCGUAAAGACAACACGCCAGUACGCCGCGAGAAGGAUGCUGCCAAGCACAGCGGCUCUGGCUCACCAGGAGCUGCCUACUCGAUCGGCUCUAACCCGUCUGCCACCUCUCUGGGCCGCAGCGAGGGGACCAUAGGGGCCACGACCUUGGGUCGAAGGGAAAGCAAGGCAAGCGUGCUCAGCGGCUCAUCUGCCACCGGCAGUACGUCGCAUUCGAUGUACAAGCAAAGCGCGCUCUUCACGUCCACAGAAGGGGUCGCUGUUCCCAGCAUCCCAGAGCGAUUCAUGCAGCACUCGAGCAGCGUUAGCUCGCAUAUAACGGCCCCAUUGACAGAUGUCGAGCCUGCAAUGUCAGAGCGAAAUCCUGGCGUAGCUGCGGAUCAGCAAGAAUUGGCUCCAUCAGUCAGGUCCGGACUGCGCGUGCCAUCAGCACCUGCGACCAUUACCGAGUGGGGUUUGGCGGCCAAGGUCCCGUUGCCUCAACGUUCGAGCUGGCAAGGACACGAUCGACUCAAGUCGCUCGGAUCGAGUGACUCGAGUGGUGCCAUUCGCUUGGCUGUUCAGCAACUCGAGUCGCACAUGGAUGACGCACUUAAGGAAGACCAAGCUCAGAAAAUCCAAGUAGCUGUGCCGAAACAGGUAUCGAAGCCCAAACAACAAUGGGGACCGUCUCCGCAGCUACCGGAUCUCGACAUCGAGCACUACAGAGAGAGAUCGGGCAGCUUCAUCGAGGAGUCGGAUCUUGUGUCUUCCGAAGGGUAUGAUCACAAGGCGUCCUAUCCCACAACACCAGUUACAGCGGAUUCUUAUCCCGACAACACUAGGAACGGCCGUGAGGGAGUCGCAGCUACUGGUCUCGGCAUCGUGGCUGGCGCGAAUUUUCCUGGUGCCGCGGCAGGCAAGGCAGUUGAGAAUGGCGCGGGCGAGGCUGCAACUAUCAAGGCACCAAGCAAACCCAAACCCCCGCCGUUGGUCGGAAUGCUUAGACGAUCCAGUGCAUCGAAUAGCGCUGAGUCGCCAAAGGACCUUUCCAGCUCAGCUCGAAGCAGUCAGCGUAACUCGAUCGAUCCUGUUGCCGAGAUUCAGGUGCCACGCCGCACUGCUCAUUCCGGUGCUAGCUUGACCAGCGUCCGCUCGUUUGAGACGGCGGCUGAGAGUGCAGGUCUUGAUAGCGCAGAUCCGAAAGUCACCUCGUUCAUUUUGCCCAACGGUAAAAAGCUAUCUGAUCCGAUUAAAGCCUCUUACGAGCAGGCCAACGGCCUUGAGGGCUCGCCCCUGGUCAAGGAAGGGCAGCGACUUCCACGGCCUCCGCAAGCGGACGGCAAGAACGGUGCCAACAUCGCUGAUGUAUCUAGCCACGGUGUUGACGCUGAUAACAACGAAGAUCAGGAGCAGAGCAUUCGCCUGGUGACCAAGUGCUCUAACACCGAGGAUCUCAACGCGGAAUCCAGCCCACUCGAAUUAGGCUCUACUACAAUCAUUACAGUUCCCGCAUCGCCAGGCAUGGGUUCAACAGCACUACCCAAGAUGGUCGAUCUGUCUGAGCAAUCUUUCCUUCGUCCAGGACGUAAUGGUAGCAUUAGUCGCGGGUACUCCGCAUCUUCGAGUUCUGUCAGAGCUGGUAGCGGAUCCCUACUUCGAACUCCAUCUGUACGAAGAAGCCCUUCGCCAAUCUCAUCGCCGACAUCUGCCAGAACGAGCUUUGACGGGGCUCCACGGUCAGUGACGAAUGACGACAUGGUUGCGACACCUACCGUAGCUGCAUCCGCACAAGAGCUGGCGACAAAGUGCUGGGAAGAAGAGCCGGCUGUCUUGAAGCGAGAGAAGAUCGCAGAGUGGUUGGGAGGGUUGGGUUUGGUCAACCGUGCAGCGCGCACGUACUACUUUGCCAACUUUGACUUUAGUGGGCUGAGGCUGGAUGUUGCUUUCCGUAGACUCUGCGAUAAGCUGUUCUUGAGGGCGGAGACGCAGCAGAUCGAUCGUAUCUUGUCUGCCUUUUCGCAGCGGUACUACGAGUGUAAUCCGGACUCGGUGUUUGGGAGCUCGGAUGUGAUUCAUUCGGUUGUCUUCAGUAUUCUGUUGCUUAACACUGAUCUUCAUAUCGCAAAGCUGCAGGAGAGAAUGACAAGGCAGCAAUUCGUACGGAACACACUUAGCGCUAUUGCAGAGAGCAGCACUGAUGCGCCCACGGUUCAUGCACAGGAUGAUGGGAGGAGCAGUUUCAGUCAUGCUCAUAACGAUGUGACUCGGAGUAUGGAUGCUUUCCCUCAAACUGUCUCUGCUCAGCAUCGGAACAGCAUCAGUAGCUAUCUGGGUAGUCGAUCUAAACAAACAUCAAGCUCAACGAAUUUGGAAUCGUCUUCAGACGCUCAGCAUCCGGAUAGCUCUAGACCGGGCACUGCUAUGAGCGGUAACAAGAGUAGAGAUGCGGAGAUAGAGAAAAUGCUUAAAGAUAUCUAUGCUGCGGUCAAGAACGAGCGGAUUUUGCUGCCCAGUCCAGAGGGAGGGAGUGGAACGGUGGCUGCUGGAAGAACAUCUGGUACUUUCGCGCCUAAUGGAGGAAGGAGGAAGGUUGGAAAGGGUAGUGAUCGGAUGACUGCGCUCAAGAGGGGUUCUAUUAGGGGUAUUCAGGGGCUGUUAGGUGGAAUGGGGUCCAAUCCAUCCCUAGUGGAAUCCUCGGUCAAUCCCAACCCGAUAAGGUCUUCGGUCGAUCCUUGGGGUCGCACUGCACAGUCUUUGGGUGUGUCGAGUGGGGAUCGUAUGCUGCCUCCGCUGCCUAGCAUUACGCCAGGCUUUGCUAGCACUUUGACGCAAACUAUCAUCAAGGAGUCGAUGAAGGAAGAAGCUGCAGCAAGCGGCACCGUCAAUUCUUCGUCUAGCAAGGCUGAGAAUGCGGUGGACGAGGAAGAGGAUGACGAUAAGUUGGCACUCGCAGGUCCACCGUGGGCAAAAGAAGGUAGUCUGACACGAAAGCAUUACUGGGAGGCAACCGGAAAGCGCGCGAAGGAUAAAGCAUGGACGGAAGUGUUUGUGGUCGUUUCUAAGGGUACGCUGUCCAUGUUUAGGUUCGAUAGUGGGUCUUCUUCAGCUUCUACCGGUACAUCGUCCAAGGCGAAAAGUCAACGUUCAGCAGCAGGAGCUGGGAUAGGUGGAGGCAAUUGGCUUUCCAACGCCACUUGUUUGGGUGAGAUUCCUCUCGCUCAUUCCCUCGCAAACGCACUUCCGCCUCCGGGGUAUAACAAAAAUCGACCGCAUGUCUUUGCGCUUACAUUGCCAGGUGGGGAGGUGUACUUCUUUCAAACCGGUCACGAGGAGUUGGUGAAUGAGUGGGUUAGCACGUGCAACUAUUGGGCUGCUCGACAAUCGAAAGAGCCUCUAGCGGGUGGUGUUAGUAAUAUGGAGUAUGGCUGGAACAAGGUUUUGCCUCAACCUAGUGAGGAUGAGUUUGAGGAGCUGGACUCCUUUGGCGAUUCCUCGAUGUCUCAGCAUCAGUAUCAGCAAGCAGACGCAAGGAGCAUUAAAAGUGGAAAGAGCUCAAAGAGGAAAGGUUAUUCGUCUCCUUCUCCCUCCAGUCGCGAUCUCAACAGCGGUCUCAGCUCGGCCGCUCCUUCGAUUAGCACCUCCAACAACGCAGGAUUCAUGUCGAACGAACGAACAUUCAUAAACGAAUGGCAAACUCCCCAACUCCCCACCGUACCCUCCACACUCAGUGAAGAAAGGCAACUGGCACGAUUGGAAAAGCAGGUGGCAACAAUUGUAAGCGAGUUGACCCUUCACAACGAGCUCCGACAACCAAUGCUUCAACUCUACUCCCCUCGUGGAGCAAAUUACAACAAAGCAUUGGCCAAUUGGGAGCGAAAGAGCAACCAUCUUUUGCAGGAGCUGGUUAAAUACCAGUCCCACGUAGAGGCGCUCAAGAGGAGUGGAGAUUUGAAGGCAGAAAGAAGGGCGAAGAGGGAGGUGGAGGGAAUGAUCGAGGAUGGUGAUGCUAUGUUGGCUGAGCUUACAAUUUAG